AUGGUUGCCAGAAUCACUGUUCGGUACCAGACGACGUCCUUCAGGCUAGUCCUGGGACUGGUUGCCUUUGUCAUUGUUUCUCUAAUGUAUCUUCAAGAUGACGACAUGCUGCUGCCGAAGCAGUUUGUCCAAGUCACGACUCGCCCUACUACCUCGUCGUACAACUGGGCCAAGCAUCCCCAGAAAUACCUCACACGCGAGGGCAACAUGGCGCGGCUGCCGACCGGAAAACCUUUGGCUUUGCCCAAGGUUCAACACGACUUUGAAGCUGAGCGGUCCAGGGACCUCAAGAGGGCAAGACAUCUGUCUGUCUUCUCGUCACCACAGAACUUUGAGCGCCAGCAGGCCAUCAAGAACGCCUUCAAGAAGACCUGGACCAGCUACAAGCGCCAUGCAUGGGGCUACGACGAGUUGAAGCCCAUCUCGUUGGAUGGCGUGGACAAGUUCAACGGCUGGGGUGCCACCAUCGUCGACUCACUCGACACUUUGUGGAUGAUGGGCAUGUACGACGAGUUCAACGAUGCUGUUGCAUUUGUCGCCUCCCUCGACUGGAACAACUCUACCCAGCUGCACUGCAACCUCUUCGAGACGAACAUUCGGUAUCUUGGAGGCCUCGUUGCAGCGUUUGACCUCAGCCAGGAGAGGGUGCUCCUCGAAAAGGCUAUCGAGCUCGGCGAUAUGCUGUACGCCGCUUUCGACACCCCGGAUCGCUUUCCCCCGUUCAUCUUCAGCUUUGCGAACCUUCGCGCUGGUCAGAUAAUACCAGACGCCUACCAGAGCGCCGCUGCCAUUGGCAGUUUGUCUCUGGAGUUCACCCGCCUCGCGCAGCUGACCAACGACAACAAGUAUUUUGACGCUAUUGACAGGAUCAAGCGUGCCUUUGCGACGAUCCAGAACUCGACCCUGCUGCCAGGGCUCUGGCCCAACUUUAUCAGCCUCCGCGACGGCUUCCAGGCCCCGAACAACGUCUUCCGCCUCGGCGCCGACGGCGACUCCUUGUACGAGUACCUCCCUAAGAUGCACGCCCUUCUCGGCGGUCGCGACCCCGUGUACGCGGACAUGUACGUCCACGCCGCGUCCACCACGCGCGACCACCUCCUCUUCCGCCCCAUGACCCCCGACAGCGACGACAUUCUCCUCCUCGGCAGCGCCAUCGUCGACGAACUCACGUCGACGGUCGCACACGUUGCGGAGAUGGAGCAUCUUACGUGUUUCGCCGGCGGCAUGUUUGCCCUCGCCGGCCGGCUCUUUGAACGACCGGACGACGUCGACGUCGGCGCCAAGCUGGCGCGCGGCUGCGCCUGGGCCUACGCCUCCACCGACAGCGGCGUCAUGCCGGAAAAGUCGCAGAUGCUGCGUUGCCCGAGCCUCGAACCCUGCGCCUGGGACGAGGCGCGCUGGCUCUCGCUCAGCGACACGGCCACCCUCACGGCCAUGGUCACUGGCGACGACGAUACCGCGACCAAGAGGCCGGCGCCGCGGGGCCACUGGCGCGUCGACGACCCGCGGUACCUCUUGCGUCCCGAGGCCGUCGAGAGCCUGUUUGUGCUGUACCGGGUCACGGGCGAGGCGGAGCUGCAGGACAUGGCGUGGGACAUGUGGCAGGCGAUCGAGAAGGCGACGGCGACGGACGGGGCGUAUGCGGCGCUCAGGGAUGUGACGGCCGAGACGCCGGAGCAGGCGGACGAGAUGGAGAGCUUCUUCCUCGCCGAGACGCUCAAGUAUUUCUACCUCCUCUUUUCGGAUCCCAAUUUUAUGAGUCUGGAUGACUGGGUGUUCAACACGGAGGCGCAUCCUUUCAAGAGGCCGGGGACGGCGUGGGUCUGA